AUGGAAUUAGUUGAUGCUGCACCACUCAAAGAACUGGAGGCAGAAUACGAAAUUAAGAAUGAUAUCCUUGAGUUUUAUUUUCAGAAAGAUAAUUCUAUUACUUAUCGUCAUAAAUUUUCGAAUAUUCGUUCCUACCUUACUCAUUCACUC